GAGCAUUAUCGGCUAGUUCGUCGUAGAGUAAGCAUCAUCGUCGAUAGGACUUUUGUCGUCCCGGCGUUUGAAAAUGCGAUCUUUCUGCUCAUUUUUGCUUCUGUUGGCGAUUACAAUCGCUACAGCAGAGAUCUACUUUGAAGAAAAAUUUUUUGAUGAUUCCUGGGAAAAAAAUUGGGUGUAUUCUGAACAUCCUGGAAAAGAAUUUGGAAAGUUUAUUUUAGGGCAUGGAAAAUUCUGGAAUGAUCCAGAAAAUGAUAAAGGUAUCCAAACAUCUCAAGAUGCAAGAUUUUAUGCCUUAAGUAGAAAAUUCAAACCAUUUGAUAACAAAGACAAAACACUUGUCAUUCAAUUUACUGUUAAACAUGAACAGAAUAUUGAUUGUGGUGGUGGAUAUGUUAAAAUAUUUGACUGUUCUUUGGAUCAAAAAGAUAUGCAUGGUGAUAGCCCAUAUCAAAUUAUGUUUGGACCUGAUAUUUGUGGACCAGGAACAAAGAAAGUUCAUGUGAUCUUCAGUUAUAAGGGAAAGAACCUUCUGAUUAAUAAGGAUAUUCGUUGUAAAGAUGACAUUUAUACUCACUUGUAUACUUUGAUUGUCAAACCUGAUAAUACAUAUAAGGUUCUAAUUGAUAAUGAAGAAGUAGAAUCUGGUGAACUAGAAGCAGAUUGGGAUUUCCUUCCACCAAAAAAAAUUAAAGAUCCAUCUCAGAGCAAACCUGAAGAUUGGGAUGACAAACCUACCAUUCCUGAUCCUGAUGACCAAAAACCAGAAGAUUGGGAUAAACCCGAGCAUAUUCCUGAUCCUGAAGCUACUAAACCUGAAGAUUGGGAUGAUGAAAUGGAUGGAGAAUGGGAAGCUCCAAUGAUUGAUAAUCCUGAAUAUAAAGGUGAAUGGAAACCAAAACAAAUUGAUAAUCCUAACUAUAAAGGACCAUGGAUUCACCCAGAAAUUGAUAAUCCUGAAUACACACCUGAUCCAGAAUUAUAUAAAAGAGAUGAAAUUUGCGCCAUUGGUUUUGAUCUAUGGCAAGUGAAAUCUGGAACAAUUUUUGAUAAUGUUCUCAUCACAGAUGAUCCUGAAGUUGCUCAUAAAUUUGGUGAAGAAGUUUGGAAACCUACUUUAGAAGGUGAGAAAAAGAUGAAAGAAGCUCAAGAUGAGGAAGAAAGAAAACAAAGACAAAAAGAAAGCAAAGAAAAUGAAGAUAAUAAGGAUGAUGAUGAUGAUGAAGAUGCAGAUGAAGAGGAAAAUAACGUCCCUGAUACUGAAGAGCAUGAUGAAUUGUAAAUAAUGUGUCGUAAUUAAUACGAACACAGACUGUAUUCCAGGAGCUGUGUAACUGCGAUACGCACUAACUUUCUAUGAAAAACACAAAAAAUUAUAAUAAUGAAAAAAAAAAAGAAAAAUUAAUCAUUACCAGAAAAUCAAUGGAUUCCUUUAAAUUGAAUAAGUCAAAAAGAAAAAGAGAUAAUUACAAAACUUAUAAAAAAUUUUUUAUAUCAGUGAAUUUUUCAAAGUUUUUUCAUCUUUUUUUUGUUUUUCUUUUAUAUUUGAAAUAUGGCCUCAUUUUCAUAGCCUAAACUUUUUAACCUAAUCUUCAAUCAUUCGAUAGUGUUCCAUGAAAUUCAUCAGUGAAAGGUUACAUCAUAAACAUUAAGUGUCUAAAAAGAAGUCAAAGUGCUCAUUAUGUGUUAUCAAAAUACGUUAUAUGAACGUAAUUAUAUACAUGGCAUUAUAUGCUGUAUGGCAUAUAUGUAUCAUAGAGUCAUCUUGUCCCAUGUCCUUCCCAUGGCACAGCUCCAGAAAAAGACUCUAAGUUGUUCCGUUUUUGUUUGUCAAGUGUUUUUAUAUACAAUUGAAAGAUAAUUGAGAUGUAAUUUAAUGAUGCUAUAUUAUAUAUAUAUAAAUAUAUAUAUUAUAUAUUAUUUCGAUUUCCGUACAGUGUACGCGCGUAUUAAAAAGCUCGCUCCAGUUAAAAUGUAAGAAUGAUCGGAUGUGUGCAGAUAUGACUGAAUGAAAUAUAAAUAUAAAUACGAUUGGUAUGAUUAUGUAUUAAUAAAUACAAAACCAAGUAACCAAUGUAAUAAAAUAAAUAAGUCUUUUCUAGA